AUGGUGGCUUUGGCUGCAGCAACAUCAACAGAGAAUGCAAACAAACCAAAGGCAGUGGACAGUCAACUGGAGCUGGAGAUGCAGAGGAAGCUGAAGGAGUGGGAGGACAAAUGGGAAAAGCAGCAGCUUGUGGGGUGGAAGGCAGGGAUAGACAUGGGCAAUUCAACUGUGGACACAAAGGUGGACAAGACUUGGGAUGUGGAGGGAACAAAGAUGGCAGAGAAAUCAAAGGAGACAGUGGACAGCAAGGAAGAGUACAAGAGGUGGGAGGACAGGUGGGAAGAGGAGCAACUAGGAAAGUGGAGUUGGGGACUGAAGGAAGAGACAUCAGGGAGCAAAGGAUUGUGGAAGCAAGGACAGAAGGUGCAGUGGGAGGGAGAGAAAGGAAGGGACAGGGCUGAGGUAGAAAUGGAGGGGUCAAAAGUGAUGGAGGCAACAAAUCUGAUGACAUGGAUUGGAAAACUAUUUGGAUUUGCAUAA